GGAUCAACAGCGAACUAAAUUCAAAUAUUUCGGUUCAAACGUCAAACCAAUAACGAACACACGAAUGUUUGUGGAACCAAAUUGUUUUUUUGUUUGAUAUUUAGAAAAAAACGAUUGUGAAUCAGUAAUUAUUGUGUAAAGUGCAUACAAACUAUGUUAACUGUGUAAUUUGUGACAUUUGUGUAUUUUUAUAUUGUAUAAUAAUGGAUCCUUUCACUCAGCGUAUGUUAGAGAGGGCGCGGGCCAGACAGGAGAAGAUCGACCAAAAACUUGCAAGUACCGGACAGGUAGUUCCGAAGAGGAGACCUUUGGCAGAAAACAUCACUGUGCUAAAAUCCGAGAAUUCUCCUGUGAAGUCUCCUAAUAAAAUAUCUCGGGACUCUAUUUCAUCGCCUCGGAGGCUGUCUAAAGAUGGUUCAAAGUCUGAAACUCCUACAAAAGCUGUGGUUAAGAGAUCGAGUUUGAAGGCUGAUGUAGCGUCCCCGCAGCGGGGUCGCAACGACAUUGUGGUUACCAAGAAGGAGUUUAAAAGUCCAAAAAGGGGGAGUAUUAAUAGACGGAACUCCGAUGUAUCAGUGGAGAUCAAUAUUUCUCAUAGAAAUGAUAUUCAAAUUGAAGUGCAAGUUGAGGAAAGAGAUGCACCUAUCAGUGUUGUGUAUGACUCACAGGCAAACCCUGGAAGCAAUGUUAUCAUCAAGGAGAUCACAGAUGGCUCAUCCAUCAACUUGGAGAAGGCAAUUGAAGAUGCCUCCGAGGCCAAGACCCAACGAGGUGGACUGCGACACAAUGUCAAGUCCCGACUUGAUAGACUUGGCAAUCUGUAUUCAGAUAAGCCAACCCUCUCAUCGCCCAUCCACCGCACGGAGCUGGAGUUCACAUCAGCUACUCCACCAGAGCCCGAACAGCUGAAGCAGCAGAAGCCUCGCCCCCAGGACGGCAAGAAGAAGUUCGGCAGACUAGCCGCUUUAGCAGACCAGAUCAAUAACUGGGAAGAUGAUCUGACACAUCAUAUUCCACCUGAACCAGCAAAGAAGGCGAUAACCAAACCAGAGAUUAAGAAUAAGAAGGAGAAGAAGAUGGAGAAGCAGGAGAUACUGGAUGCAUCCACGGUAGAUGUGUCUAUACACUCGUUCCAGGACAUCAACAAAGUGCUGGAUACUACUACCAAGGCUAAACAGACCAACAAACACGUAGACUCGAACACAUACACGAAGUCUUCAGUGAACGAGUGCCAGAGACUAGGCAAGCAGAUUAUAGCAGAAUUGGAGGGCGAGGGUUACCGGCGAGUUUCGGCCAGCCAAUCGCGGCUUGUCUACGAAUUCACCACGAAAACCGCCGAUCCCGACCGACAGGAGCCGAAGUGUGCAUCGACUACCCCCAGUGCCGCUUCAGCCCCCAACAUGGCUACAAUGGUGGCCCCGUCACCCGUCGCCAACCCGGCCGUUACAAAAAAGCCUUCGAUCAAGAAAUACAGAGCGCCCACGCCGCCGCGGAAUGUUAUCACGGAAGAUGAAUGUGAAAGUGAAAAAGACAAAGAGAAUGCAGUGCAACUCGACAACGAAAAUGACGCAAGUGAUGAUUGUAAACAAACAAAACCGGAACCGGCGGACGACAAGCCGGCGCCGGAGAUGGGGUCGCCGUUAGUGAAAAGGUUGGCUCCGAAAAUAAACGGGAGUGUUGACAGGAGUUCUGUGUUGUCUAAGGCGGCGAUGUUCGAGACGGGCAGCCCGAAGGCGAAGGACCCCGCCGAAAUGUCAUUGAGGGAACGCAAAGCGCUCUUUGAAAAAAAUAAGGGCGCAGCAAUCGUGCCGAAGGCCCCCUUCGGCCUCGCACCCUCCGUAAAGACCCUGCACGGAGACAAUAAAGCUGACAAGAAGCCAUUGGCUCAGAAGAAUACGCCAUCUAAGACGCCAUCUUUGGCUAGUUCUAGAAGUAACUCUAAAGACGAUAAUUCUGAUGACAAUAUAAGUCAGAGUUCCGUGGGAGGUGGGAUUAAGGAUAAACUAGCUGCACUGUUUAAUAAGGAGCAGACGAUCAGUGAAUCUACUAUUGCUAACAAGUUUAAACAGGAGAGGGAGAAGGAAAUGGAGAUGCUACAGAACAGAUUUCAUUAUAAGCCAAAACAAGAAAAAGAAGACACUCCAAAUGAUUCUGAUGAUGACACAAGUGAACACGAUCCUUCAGAGAAGGCUCCCCUCAUGGGCAGUACUGUAAGUCUCUCGCAAAACAACAAGAAACCAGAGAUCAUUUCCAACCUACCCAAAGUUAUCUUUGACGAGAAGAAAUCCGAAGCUUUGAACGAUAAGGAGAAAGAGAUUGAGAAAGAAGACAGAGUUAUUGGAUCACAACCUGUUAAAAGACGAAGUUCCCAAGACUCGCCAGUUGUCCUAUCAGUUCUAGACGAUGUAAAGAGAAUUAAAGUAAAUAACGGCAAAAAGGAACCACAAACUAACGGAGCGGUGUUACAGCAACCAGCCAGUCUGUACCCACAUCUGUCAGACAUUGAAACUGAUACAUCUCAUAAUCAGGAUGAAUACUCCGAUUGCGGAGGAUCAAGUUCCGAGGAUUACCUUCAGGAUACGCGAGACAGACUUAACAAAUCUGAUAACUGGGCUGAAACAUCCUUCGGUCGUGAAGUUAUGAAUGUUGUAAAGAAAAAUAACACAAGCUACAAGAAGGCGGUCCGUGAGUGUGACUCUGACAGCAGCGGCGCGGACAGUGAGCUGGACGAUAUCUUGGACGAGGCUAUCAAUGAGCAGAGCGAAGGACCUACACCGCCUAAACUAAAUAAGGAGCGCUCGGCCUUCAAGUCGCCGCUGAAGGUGCAGCCGGCCACUCCUGCCAGGCACGACAAGGGCGGCGAGCUGGUGCACAGCGUCAGCUUCUACAGGCGUAUGCAGAACCAGUCCACAACGCCAUCAACUCCAAUGCGCGUGGUCCGGCACGUGUCGCCGGAACGUGAGCCGCCCGCCACGCCGGACGAGCCCACCGCCAACGUCACCACCGUACGGGAGCGCAUCAAGGAACUCCAGAACGAAAUCGCUAAACAACAAACUGUUAUAUCGCAGGCGAGUCAAGCUUUGAACCUAUGCGCUGCUACUAUAGAAUUCAGCGGCUCCACCGAACAGGCAGAGGGCGAAAGACUGUUGCUAUUAGCGACCCACCGGCGCCAAGCGUGCCUGCACGAGCUGCAGCGGCUGCAGGUGGAGGGCGCGGGCCCGGCCGCCGCGCCCGGCAUGGCCUCGCUACAACUCGCUCACCUCGCCGUGCCGCUCAAACGGGAUUAUGUCAGGCAACUUAACGCAGACGGCGCGGUGGGUCACCACGCGGUGUGCCUGGUGAAGUGCCGCGACCGCGUGCUGGCCACCUGCAUGCGGCAGACGCAGCCCACCGCCAACGUACUGCACUUCCCCGACGACAUACAGAUGCUUGGACUCGCUAGCGACUUCAAGGUGACAGUGGAAGUGUACCUACUACAAGCAUCGAAGGAAGUGUUGUCACACGAGAUGAAAUACCACAUUUCUAACAAAAAGUCAACUUCAAAGCUCCUGACACCGAAAUCAAAGAUAUCAGAGCUGAAGGCGCCCCGCGUACAAAGUCCAGCGGGACCUAUGGCGGUCCGCUCGCCACAGUUCUCGUUGCACGGAUACUGCAUCUUCGCACUGCAACAGUCUACUAGGAAGAACUUUACGCUGAAUAAGGUCCCAGGCGGCAGUCCUCUAGAAGGCUCGGUGAACCUAGAGAUAAAGGCUCGCGUACAAGUAUCGCCGCCGGCGCCGCACGCGGCCUUCCUCACUGCGUUCGACGAUGUGUCCGGACUCGGAGCGUGGCACCGACGGUGGUUCAGGCUGCAGCCUCCUCGACUGGCCUACUGGAAGUACCCUGAUGAUGUGCAGAAGAAGAUGCCAAUCGGUGACAUAGACCUCUCGACAGUGAUAUCAGAUCGCGUAAUCAAGGCACCGCGCGACCUCUGCGCCCGUCCGAACACGAUCCUUCUAGAAUCCUCCAUACCAGCCGGUUUGAUCGUCCCGGAUUCAGGAUCCCUAGUCUACGUCCGACGGCCAGACGGAUCUGUCGUUAGACGCCAUCUCCUAGCCGCUGAUACGCCUAAGGACAGAGAUAUUUGGCUCGACUGCUUGAACAAGGCGUUAGAAUAUGUUAGAUGCUGCGGCACAGAAGACGAUUGAGUGGAGUAAGAAUCUUUGAUGUUUUCUUUAGAUUUUUCUAUGAAGAGGUUUGUUGUAUUUUAAAUGGUGGACGUGUAGAAAUUUGAGCCUUUUAAACAAGGAGUUAGUUGUCAAAGUAGAUUGAAAGGUUUUGUUGUAAACUGUGGAGUUAAUGAAUGUAUUUUUACUUCCUCAAUACAUUUUAUAUUGCUGAUUUUGCGUAAGACUCCUAUUGUACCAGAUAUAUUAUAGGCAAUAACAUACGAGCUUGGACGAGCUGAUUGAUUAGAUAAUUGGAGCCGGCCAAUCAGAGGCCACGUUCUGCGCUGUGAUUGGCCGGUGUCAAUGAACCAACAAAUCAAAACGCCGAACGCGUUCUCCUUUCGAUUACUUUUAACGUAAAUCUAACUUGUACUAAGCCCUUAGAGCGUUGAACACAGUCUCGUUUCGAUUAAUUUCAACGUAAAACAAAGGCCUCAGGCCUUUUACAUUGAUCUUGUCAAAAAUGGGUAUUACAUAUUAUAACCCUUACUAACCACCCUUAUAUCAUCUCUUAUCUAAGAGUUUGUCGGUGUCACUUAUAGGUAGAUGAAAACCAAAAUGUUAAGCGCCAUCUAAGCUUAGGAGUUCUUUAAAAUUUAAAAGAGGUUGGGGUAUACGGGCCGUUUUCCUUCGAAGAUAAAAAGUCGUUCAAUACUCCACAGUGAUUGUAUAACCUUUAAAAUACGACAACCUCUUCAUAUUUGUACAUUAAAUUAACUACUAUAAUAUCUUUAACAUAGCAAGUAACGAUAGAAUGUAGUAUGUCAAUUAUUUGUCUAUUUUUAUACAUACAUGGAAUGGAUUAUAAACAUGUGAUAAACAGGAAUCAUUAAAAGACAUCGUUCUGUGAUUUUUGAUGAAAUAUGUAUGGAUUAGUCUUUUUUAUUGGAUUGAUGGUAAUUGAUAAGGCUUUUUCUAAAGUAAAAUUGUCUAGAAUACCAUAUUUAUGUUACCUGUCUAUUCAGAUACUCAAAUGGCACUCGAUUUUAAGUCGUGCUUAACUAUAGUUCUGUCAGUACAAAUUGUUUGUAAAAUGACAGAGAAGACACAAUAGGGUAGACGACUAAUUUUUAUUUUAAUGUCCGUCUGAUAGAUUAUUUAAAAACAUUAGACACGUAUUUUUUCUUUUCUCACAGAAACGAAUAGUUUCGAAGAUAUAUUGAUUUAAAAUGUCGCGUGACGUCACUUCUCAGUACAUUUUAUACUAAGAAAUGACGUUUUAGCCCCCACUCCUAAACUUUGAUUCGUUUUAUCUAAGUAUUGUUUUAUUAUACGACAAAAUAAAAAAAUACGUAUCUAAUAUUUUUUCAUUACCUAACUUACGGACUAAUUAUAUUUUUAAUUUUCAUACCCUGUCAUCAUCCCCAUACAAGGU